GAUGUCGGAUUUGCGAAGUUUCUCAAGGCCGUUCGUGGAGGAUUUCAUCGACCUGUACCGAGGCCACGAAUGCCUUUGGAAAAUGAAGAGCAGAAGUUACUCGGAUAGAAAUAUGAAGAGACUGGCUUACGAAAAACUCGUCGGGAAGCUGAGGGAAGUGGAUCCGACGGCAGAUCGGGAGGCAGUUGUGAAGAAAAUAAACAACCUGAGGAGUGCUUAUAGGAAAGAGCUGAAGAAAGUGGUAGAUUCAAAGAGGUCGGGAGGGGGCAGCGCAUACUCUCCCAAGCUGUGGUAUUUCCAUCUGCUGAGUUUCUUGCUGGACCAAGAAAAUCCGCGAGCAGCGACUUCGAACCUGGAGAUAUAUGAGGAUCAGGAGACGAAAGAGUCAGUGGAGCUGGACACCUCUCAAAACCGGGAGCCACAAGAAGAAACAAGCGAGGAAACAACGCCAUCUCCUGCGGCACAACCCAUGCGACAGACCAACACCUCGGGACAGACAAGGCUACAGAAGAGGCCGAGGGAGGAACACACCAACCCUGUACUGAACUCAGCUACUGAACGCCUUCACCUUAAGACUGAGGAUGAUUUUGACAUCACAGGGAAACACGUAGCUUCGAAAUUAAGAAUACUCUCUCAGGAUCAACGUAUAUAUGCAGAGAGACUGAUUGCUGAGGUAUUGUUUGAAGCUCAGUUGGGCAAUCUCAGCAGAGAAUGCAAGUUAACUAUUAAGAAAUAUACUGAUUUUAAAAAGUCCUAACUGACUGAUGACAACCGCACACUGGCUUUUACAUGUAUUGAUCCAAUGUUAGCUGAUCAGUAGUUUUCCAGUAAGCACUUGAAUUUUCCAUUAAAGUUUCCUGGUGAGUCACGUCAUUUUCGAGUUAGGCUUUAAGGGGUAACUUCAGUGUAAUUGGCUGCAUUAAUAGUCUGUAUUUAGUUAUUUUUUAUUUCAGUAUUAUCAUAUAGAGAAAGAAAAGCUAUUUAUAUUAUAUUUUUAUAUAUACACAUAUAUUUUUUUUUAUUUAAACUUUUAAAUAAAGUUUUCCAUACAGUAUGUUUUAA